AAGAAAAGGCGAAGAGCCAGAGACUGAGUGAGUGAGGGCAUAUAUUCCCUUACCCCAACAUUGCCCCACUCAUGUUUCCAGAUAUGGAGUGAAGGAACAUAGGACAGCCCAACAACUCCACAAAUUUUAUAUAGAGAACCACACACCUCCCACAUAAUCAACCAAAGCUAGACACCCAAGAAAAGAAGGAAGGAUCAGAGACCCAAAACACCCUCCUAAUCCUAUAUUUAUGUUUCUGUCAUCGCCCAUACUCUGUCUCUCAUUCCCAUCCUACAAACAACAUCUCAAAUGGGUCUGCAAAAUCAUCACAAGAUGAAUCUGGUGCUGUCCACUGAUGCAAAGCCCAGGUUGAAGUGGACUCCUGAGCUUCAUCAUCGGUUCGUUGAAGCGGUUGUACAACUGGGCGGAGCAGACAAGGCAACCCCGAAAAGUUUGAUGAGAGCGAUGGGCAUUGCUGGGCUGACUUUGUACCACCUGAAGAGCCAUUUACAGAAGUACAGGCUUGGAAAAAGCCAACAGUCAGAGUCCUGCAUUGACACGAAGCAAGAAGGUGAAUUCUACGCAACAGAAAACAAAGAGGUUCAGAGUACAGACGAAUCUCAAAAUACCCAAAUAAUCGAUCCAUCGACCUUCCAAAUCAAUGAAAGCUUGCAGAUAGCUCAGGCUCUCCAAAUGCAAUUGGAAGUGCAGAGAAACCUUCAUGAACAAAUUGAGGUGCAGAAGCAUUUGCAGCUACGCAUCGAAGCUCAAGGCAAGUAUCUCCAAUCUGUACUGAGAAAAGCUCAGGAAACAUUAGCUCGGUACAAUAAUUCCUCAGUUGGCAUCGAAGCCGCAAAAGCCGAACUGUCUCAAUUAGUUUCGAUGGUUAGCUCCGGCUGCCCCGAUUCUCCUUUCUCGGAACUGACGGAAUUAGGAAGUUCAGGCCUCAAUGAUGCAGUUAGGAAACAAUUGAAAGGUAUAUGUUCAGUAGAAAGUUCGUUAACUUCUUCUGAGAGCUCGGGUCGAAAUGAAGAGAAGCAAAAGGGCACGGAGCAUGGCGAAACGCACAACUUUAGUCCAACUUCAAUCGAGCUUCGGUUAAGUAACAUACGGCCAGAAGAACUACCUUCACAGAACAAAUGCAACAAAGCCAUAGGGAGGAAGAGAUGUGCCAGCAGUAGUUCCGAUGAUAAUGGUCUCAUUGCGGAACAAUCUAGCAAAAGUUCUCCGAAGACAAGUUACAAGCUGAAAAAAUGUGGACUCCCGGCGACACUUGACUUGAACAGCCAAUAUCAGGCCGACUUCGAUCCAGGCCCGAAAAGCAUAGACUUGAACUUUCAGGGAAUCGAACAGGCAAAUGGGCAUUUCUAGUUCUUUUGGAGCUUUUGGGACAAGACAGGAUUGAGAGGCUUACGGAGUGCACCAUGCAUCAAAAUUCAAUCUGAGUGCUGAUCUUUUCGGUUGUAGACUAUGUAUAUUGGCGUGUAAAUGGACCCGCAAGAAUUCCUCAAAGCACAUUAUAUAUAUAAAGAAAAAUCAAUAUAUGUUGUGUGGA